GUCAGAUUGAACCCUUGCUUUGUACUUUACAUGCAUUGUAAUCAACCUGCUUGAACUUUAAGGAAUUCAAGUCUGGGCCUCCAAACAGACUCCUCUUUCGUUGAUUCAUUCAUGCAUUUGCUCGAGGAAAACUACGGCAAUUCCAAGUACACGAAACGGUAGAAACUCAACAGCAGAACCAGCUCAUACACAGCUUCCAAAAUGUCCCUCACAGUGUUAACCGACUCGGACAUCAAACAUCUUCUUCAAGACCUCACUCUAAAAGAUCUGGAACGGUUUCAAGAUCAGAUGAGAAGAUCUCUUCAUGAGUAUUCCACAGGAACUCAGGAUGAUGACUGCUGCAGUUUGCAUCAACCUAGAAGAACAGUGCUUGAGUCCAAGCAAAAAAGGACAACGCUGUUCAUGCCCUCCACUUCAUCUGCGGGAAUUGGAAUGAAAGUUGUUACUCUUCCUCAGCCAGGCUCUUCCAAUGAUGCUUCAGACUCCGACUCUAUAUCUACCUCUUCAUCAACUAAAAAUCCAAGUACCCCUCAAGGCUCUCUUACACUCAUGGAUAAAACAGGGCUGCCAUUCGGCUUUCUCAAUGCAUCAGAAACUACUGCUUUUCGCACAGCUCUAGCUUCCUCUCUUCUUAUUACACCCCGUACCAAGGUCAAAACUAUAACCGUAUUUGGUGCUGGAAAGCAAGCGUUUUGGCACGUCCGCCUUGCUCUCAUUCUCCGCGGUCCAACUAUAAAACAAAUAAACAUCAUAUCUCGCGCUUUUACGGACCGAGUGCGCGAUCUAAUGAAGUCAUUUCUCGAAGUACCUACCGCUACGAAGGAACGUGAAGGUUGGACCAAUGUGAAGUUCUCUGUUCUUAGCCCUGCCUAUGGAGAAUUCGCUCGUCUCGAGAAAGAAUACAUUCGAGCUUCUGAUGUAAUCUUUUGCACAACUCCAUCAACCUCGCCGUUAUUUCAUCAUUCUAUUUUAACAAAUACAGAAGGCAGGAAGAAGGGACGCCUCAUUGUCGCCAUAGGCAGUUAUAAACCUCAUAUGAUCGAAAUACCUCUUGAAGUCGUGGCGCAAGCUGUGAAAGUUCAUGGCAGUGGCCAUCAUUUUCAUAGACAUGCUGAAGAAGGCGGGGUAGUCGUAGUUGAUACGAUAGACGGAUGCAAACAAGAAGCAGGCGAAAUAAUUCAAGGUAAUGUUUCGGCAAAGAAUUUGGUUGAAUUAGGCGAACUGGUCAUGCUAUCUCAUGGAAUCGACCCUCUCAAUCAUUCCUCUGCCAUUGAUGAUUCAGAUGAAUCUUCACGUAGCUCACUCGACCUCCACAAUUUACACAUAGACGGGUCUGGCAACGGUGACGCAACACCAACCCCAAGUUCACCACUCUCUCCCACCUCUCCGCCUCUGGCUCGUAGCAUGGCGAACGUAUUCCAGUCCGAAAAUUCCACUUCUCCCUCAUCCUCUCGCAGCCCUUCUCGUAAAUCUUCUUUCUCCUUCCGCAAACCUAGAACAGGAUCCACAAGCACAAAUACUACUAAUUCAAGUGGUACAUUAGGGAUGUUAGGAAAGGAGGUACAGACAGAAAAGGAAGAUUCAAUGAGCAGAUGGUUGAGGAAUGGAAAUGUUAUAUAUAAGAGUGUAGGGAUGGGUCUUAUGGAUUUGGUGGUUGGGGCGGAGUUGAUCAAAUUAGCGAGGGAAAAGGGGGUGGGUGUUUCUGUAGAGGGCUUUUGAGAUGACGAGAUGCAUUUGAGAUAUGGAAAUUUGGAGUCCAAAAAAUUGAUAGAUUUACGAUCAGAAACCAUGUUAAUGCGUUGCGAUAGAUACCACGAAAAUUAUAGAAUUGGAGAAUCAUAUGAAAUAAGGGGAUAUCAUAUUUAACAUUCCUAUGAUACUUCCACGCUAUAUCAAAAACUCUUCUAAAGGAAAACUCCAAUGAUGUAAUCAUUA